AUGUCCAUCAGUUCUCAGAAGACCAAGGCCUGUGAAGGCUUUCUCACUCCUAUGUCUGUGUCCACAGAGGAGUUCGUGGUGAUUGGCUCCUUGGACCCCACUGUGGCAGUGCUGGGUGGGAGCAUCACGCUGCCAUGUCGUGUGUUCCCGGCCAUGAAUGUGGAGAACAUGGAGCUGCGGUGGUUCCACUCAAAUUUCACAGAAGCUGUGUUCAUCUAUCAAAACCAGCAGGAGCAGAGAGAGGAGCAGUUGCCCCAGUACACAGGGCGGACCUCACUGGUGAAGGAAUUCCUCACCUGGGGGGAGGCCAUCCUGCACAUCCACAAUGUCCAGGCUUUUGACGAUGGCCUAUAUACCCGCUUCUUCAGAAAGGGAAGCUUCUAUGAAUCUGCCAAUUUGGAACUGAAGGUGGCAGGUGUGGGCUCUGCCCCUCAAGUGCACAUCACAGGGCCAGAGGAGGACGGGGUCCGAGUGGUGUGUAAGGCAUCGGGGUGGUUCCCAAAGCCCCAGGUGCAGUGGAGAGCCCUCAGUGAAGAGAAGUUCCUGAUGUUCUCUGAGACCCAUGUCCAAAAUGCUGAAGGGCUGUUCAGUGUGGAGGCUGCUCUGGUGGUGAAACACAGGUCUUCAAGGAAUGUGACCUGCUCCCUCCUCAACCCAAUCCUGAGCCAGGAGAAGGCGAUGGCCAUUUUCAUCCCAGAGGACUUCUUUCCCCAGACUUCUCCCUGGAUGUCAGCUUUCAUGGGGAUCCUGACCUUGCUGAUGCUCUUACUCCUUGGGACUGCCUACUACGCCAAGAGAGAACAUACUGCAAAGUGCCAGGAGAUGCAGGAAUGGGAGAAACUCCACAGGGAAAAGGAGGAGGACCAGUGGGCAAAGGAGGAGGCACUGAAGGCCAGAGAUGAACUCCAAGCAGAUCUUGACUGGAGGAAAUCUGUUUACCUGGCUGGUGAGUGA